AUGUCUUUUAUAGAGCAGCCAAAUACUAUUAUUUUUAAAGCCAAAGAGCUGCUUUCUUUUCCUAAUGAAGUAAUUAAUAAUAGUAAUUUCAUUACAACAUUAAAUCUCAGUUUAAAUUAUAUUACCGAAAUACCAAAUGUUAGUUUUGAACGACUAAAUGUAUUAGCAUUAUUAGGAAAUAAAAUUUCAUUUAUUUCAGAAAAACAAACUAAGUUAUUUCCAAAAUUACAUAAACUCGACGUUUCACAAAAUUUACUUUCUGACGUUUCAUCACUUAUCAAUCUCACCUAUCUCAGUCAUCUUGACUUAUCACAAAAUUCAAUAACUGAUAUCACUCCUCUUAUUCAUUUAGAAAAUUUAGAAUUUCUUUCAUUAUCAGUUAAUCAUAUUCAUUCGCUACCUGAUGGAUUUACAAAACUUAGAAAAUUAAAGACUUUAGAUAUAGAUCAUAAUUUCUUUGAAACUAUCCCAACAACUAUUUGUGAAUGUCCUUUACAAUCAAUAAACUUAAAUGGUAAUUUUAUUAAAAAAAUUCCAAUUGAAUUUACUAAAUUGCAGACUUUACACAUGUUUUCUAUUGCAUAUAAUCAAUUAACAGAACUUCCAUCAUUCUUUUCUUUAUUAUCAAAUCUUAAUUCAUUAGACAUUGAUCAUAAUCCAUUAACUUCAAUUAGCCUUUUAGCAAGUAUGAGUAUCUCUGAUUUAGUAAUGAGUGAUGUUUCAUUUAAUACUCUUUCAUUACAUGAAUUUGUUACAUUAACAAGACUAAGAAUAUUUGGUGGAAGUAUUAAACAAGUAAAUGAAUUACCUCCAAUUAAAACAUUAUAUAUAGAAAAUAUUGGUCUUAAAAAAAUUGAAUCAAUUCCAGAAUGUAAUGAACUUUCAUUACAGACAAAUGGACUUACUUCUAUUCCAGCAGUUAAUUCUGCUAUAGAAGUAUUAAAUUUAAAAGAUAAUUUAUUAACACAAUUACCUGAUAUGUAUCCUACUCUUCAACGAUUGGAUGUUACAAAAAAUCUUUUAUCUGAAUUACCACAACUUCAUACAUCACUUAGAUUUCUUUCAAUUUCAUGUAAUAAUUUCGAUUCUUUUCCAAAUAAUAUAACUCAAUUAAUUCAUCUUCAUUAUCUGGAUUUAUCAAACAAUAAAGUUAUUUCUAUUCCAUCUUCAAUAUGUAAUUUAGUUGAAUUAGAACAAUUAAGAAUGUCUUUUAAUUAUAUUUGUUCAUUACCAAAUGAAUUAUCAAUGCUUAGUCAUUUAAGGUUAUUAAAUAUUUCUCAUAAUAGAUUAUAUCAAUUACCACCAUACCUUCCUUUUUCAUUAAGAACAUUAUUAAUAAAUUCUAAUCAUUUAAUUUGUUUACCUUCAAUAAUAAAAAAUAUUCAUUUAAUAGAAAUUGAUAUUAGUUGUAAUCAACUUGUUAGUAUUGAUUAUUUAACAGCAAUUCAUUCAUUACAAAGUAUUAAUUGUAGUUAUAAUGAUAUUCAAACAAUACCAAAAGAAGUAUUUGAACAUAAAAAACUUGAAAGAUUAACUGUUUGUGGAAAAAGAUGUUCAGGAAUAAAUAAAUUAAAGAAAAAUACUGUUGUUUUAAUGACAACAAAAACAAAUAAUGGAUUAUAUUCUCUACCUGUUAAACGAUCUACUAUAACAACAAUUAAAAGGAAUGAUAAUAAAUCUAAAUUAAUACAUCCAUGUAAUACUAUUUGUUCAUUUGGUAUUUCUGAAUGGAAAGGAAAUAGAGAAACAAUGGAAGAUUGUUUAUGUGUAAUAGAAAAUCUUAUUGAACAUGGAAAUCAUUUAAUUGUAUUAUGUGAUGGUCAUGGAGGUUCAGAAACAUCAUUUUAUUGUGUCUCUCGAUUUAAAGAAACAAUAGAAAAAAUAUUUAUUCAAAAACCAGAAGUAGGAAUAAGUAAUAUUCUCAUUCAAACAUUUCUUGAACUUAAUAAGAAUAUUAAUAUUUGUGGAAUUAAAGAUGGAUCAACUUGUCUUUGUAUUUUUAUUUGUGAUAAAAAACUUUAUAUUGCUAAUACUGGAGACUGUAAAUGUUUGUUAAUAAAACAAGAUGGAUUUAUACAAUUAACUGUUGAACAUCGUCCUGUUAUUAAAUCAGAAUAUAAAAGAAUAAGAGAAAAUGGAGGUUAUGUUAUUAAUGAUAGAACAAACGGCAUUCUUGCAUUAUCAAGAAGUUUAGGAGAUACAUCUAUUCAACCUAUUUUAACACCAACGCCAGAUAUUUUCAUUAGAGAACGAGAAGAAUCUGAUCAAUUUCUUAUUGUAGCAUGUGAUGGAGUAUGGGAUUUCUUAAGGAAUGAAGAAGUUUAUUCGAUAGUAAAAAAGAGAAUAAAUUCUGAACCUUCAGAUAUUUCAUCUUCAAUAAGAGACAUGGCAUUUGCACGAGGAAGUACUGAUAAUGUUUCAUGUGUAGUUUGUAAAUUUUAAAAUGUUUUAUUAUU